GGGGAGAGGGGGGUACCUUUGAACUGGGGGCACAUUUGAACAAGUUUAAAUUUCCCGCCAUUUGAUGAGCUAACUGCCUGAUUUUUUUUCUACUUCUUCUUCUCAUCUGUAUGACCUAGUACACCUGUUUCUCUCCAUUUCUUUUAACCUUUGUAUUCAGUGCCAGAUAGGUUAGGUUUUAGCCACAUUUUGUAAACUUUUGAGUUUUGAGUUGUAAGACUGUCAGCGGAAGAAAGAAUUGAAGAAUUGACCAACCUUAUAUUCUAAGGUUACAAUGGUUAGAAACUACAUCAAGAAAAAAGUGGGCCCAGAGAUAAAUGAGCGAGAUGUGGAGGAAGCUGUUAAGCUUGUUUUGGAAAAAAACGUCCCAAUACGUCAAGCAGCAGAAUCGUUUGGCUUGGUUCAUACCAUGUUAUUCUAUCGAAUAAAAAAAGCAAAGGCUCUUCUAAAGACAAAUUUACCAUCUGAGCACACUGAUAUCCGAGUCCCUUCAGCACCCGCACCCCUUUUAACAUUUAAUAGCAAGUACACUUCUAACCAAGUAUUUUCAGCUCAAGAAGAAAAAAUGCUAGAAGAAUAUAUUAUUACAUGUUCUGCGAUGAACUAUGGUCUCACGUACAAAAUCAUUAGAGCUCUUGCAUUUCAGUAUGCAGAAAAAUUGGGCCGAUGUCCAAAAAAAUGGGAAGAUAAUAAAACAGCUGGUUUAGAUUGGUUGAAAGGUUUUAUGAAAAGACAUAAAGAUUUAUCACUGAGAAAACCUGAAAACACAAGCUUAGCUAGAACAUUAGGUUUCAAUCGGAAAAACAUUGAAGAAUUUCAAAAAAACUUAGAUGAUGUUUACAAAAAACACAAAUUUUCUCCGAGUGACAUUUACAAUCUUGAUGAAACUGGGAUUAAAACUGUCGUGCAAGCCCCAAAUGUUGUAGCUAAAAAAGGCACUAAACAAGUAGGCCAAGUUGUGUCUGGAGAAAGAGGCAGCCUUAUUACAAUGGUUGCUACUGUUAAUGCGGCAGGCAAUACCAUUCCUCCAGUUUUCAUAUUUCCCCGAGCUAGACUACAUGACAGUUUAAUGGUAGGUGCUAUCAGUGGAAGCUUAGGAUUUGUUAACUCCCCUACUAGUGGGUGGAUCACUAAUGCUUUGUUCCUCAAAGUGCUGGAGCACUUUGUGAAGUACAGCCACUGCUCAAAAGAAUCACCAGUUUUGUUGAUUCUCGACAACCACGAAUCCCAUUGCACUCUGGAUGCAAUAUUAUACGCAAGAGAUAAUGGUAUUUGUAUUGUGACAAUACCUCCUCAUUGUAGCCAUCGUGUCCAACCUCUAGAUGUUUCAAUUUUAGGACCAUUUAAACAAAACUUAGCCACAGUUCAAAAUAACUGGCUAACAAACAACCCCGGAUCUAAACUCUCAAUUCAUGAUUUAGCUGGGUUGGCAUCAAAAGCUUUUAAUUUAGCAUUUACAAGGAAGAAUAUCUUAAAAGGAUUUGAGGAGUGUGGAAUAUGGCCAUAUUCUACAACUGUGUUUACUGAUGAAGAUUUCCCAUUUUCUGAAGCGAUGAUAACCUCUAGUACGCCUACACCUGACACUACGAAAUCUUCUAAUCUAGGACGCGAAAAUGAAAAUUACAGCCAAGGUACAUCUAAUGCUAGGCCUACAGGUUCAACAUCAAUUGAAAAUGAAAGCCUAAAUGAUGGGAUUUUAAACAAAACCGUAGCAGUGUCUCCUAGUCCAGAGGUUGUUAGGCCUUAUCCCCAGCUGCAGGCAAAAUCUUCAGUAGAAUGUAAAAAAGGAAGAGAACCAGGAAAAUCGAAAAUAAUUACGGCCACUCCAGAAAAAAUUCGGUUGGAAGAAGAAAUCAAAAGAAAGCUUUUAGAAAAACAGAAAAAAGAAGAACUAAGGAAGCAGCGUGACAUAAAGGCAAAAAGAAAAUUAGAUUUACCAGAAAAAAACAAAAAAUCAGGACAUAACAAAAGAAGAAAAACAAAUAAGCAUAAAUCUAUUUCAUACGAGUCUGACUGUGACGAUCCUGACCCAAUUUAUAUGGAAAGUGGAGAAUCAGACUGGGUGGAGAGCUCUGAAGAAGAUGACAACUUCGAUAGGCCUAACCUGUCUAAACAAGUAAAAAUAUGUCCGAUGCUUGAAAAAUACUAUGCUGUAUUUUAUGAUAUAAGUUGGUAUUUAGGAAGGGUGGUUGAUUUCCCGGAUGAAGGAUUUUCUAAAAUUAAGUUUUUGAAAGAAGGACUUGGAGAUUCAUAUGAGUGGCCAAAACAUGAUGAUGUUCAAGUGAUAGAAAAUAAAUAUCUUUUUUACGGGCCAGUACCUUUGAUUGGAAAUGGACCCUUUCUCAUCGACGACAAGUGUAAAAGGAGAAUUCGAUCAAAAUACUCAAUGUUAAAAAAGUAGAAGUUGAACCUAAAUUUUGUUUACACAAUCUGUAAUGUACCUUUGAUUAGUGCACACUAUGAAUAAAAUGUUUUUGUGUAUUUCCUUAGUUUUUCUUUACUAAUUAUCCAAUGUUCAAAUCCACCCCGUCCUUGUUCAAACCUACCCCAGACUUGUUCAAAUGUACCCCUUAGUGGGGUACAUUUGAACAACAUGCAGUGAACUUUAAUUUUUUUUUUUUUUAGCCUAGAUAUUUUGAAGAUUAUUAACAUUAAUUUAAGUAAUUUGUUGCAUAAUAGUCUAAAGAUCAAUGUCCCCAUGCUUGUUUAUCAAAAUAAUUAAUUUAAAAAAAUACAAAAAUAUUUUUUCAAAAAGUGUUCAAAGGUAGAUCAGUCAUCCAGAGGAAUAGUACUAGACCAACGAUCCAGGGUAACAGUACUAGAUCAAUCAACCACAGUAACAGUACUAGAUCAGUCAUCCAGAGUAACAGUACUAGAUCAAUCAUCCAGAGUAACGCUACUAGAUCAAUCAUCCAGAGUAACAGUACUACAUCAAUCAUCCAGUGUAACAGUACUAGAUCAAUCAUCCAGAGUAACAGUACUAGAUCAAUCAUCCAGUGUAACAGUACUAGAUCAAUCUUCCAGAGUAAAAGUACUAGAUCAAUCUUCCAGAGUAACAGUACUAGAUCAAUCAUCUAGUGUAACAGUACUAGACCAACGAUCCAGGGCUAGAUCAAUCGUCCAGAGUAACAGUACUAGAUCAAUCAUCCAGAGUAACAGUACUAGAUCAAUCAUCCAGUGUAACAGUACUAAAUCAAUCAUCCAGAGUAACAGUACUAGAUCAAUCUUCCAAAGUAACAGUACUAGAUCAAUCAUCCAGAGUAACGGUACUAGAUCAAUCGUCCAGAGUAACAGUACUUUUUUUUACGAUAGGAAAAUGCAUUAUGCACCGUCAGGGACAGGUGUUCGCCCUGGUGUGUGGGACUCUC